UUUUCGAAACACAUUGGUUGUAGCCUGUCAAUAGCUAGAAUCGAUAUCUCAUAAUCAAUCAUUAAUCAAUGGAUGCCAAGCUGUCUGAAGUGUCUGUCAUGAUUCUGCGCUCCAGACGCCACAUCCCAUAGUGUCAGUCACACUUACUCUCACUUGACGACCGAUCGUGUUUCCUAGUACUUACGAUGUACUCAACAGCACCUCAAGACAGCUCAACACCGACUCUCAUAGUGUAACAAUGUUAUUGGCGGAGUCUCAGCUUUCCAUGUUAUCUAACUGGACAUGUAAUGAAUUUUAUUGUGUCGGGGGGGUUACUGCUACAUAGGGACAUUCACGUCACAGUUAAAGCGGCGCUCAGUGCAGCGGGUGGUGAAACUUGGAAAAACCAUGGAAAUUACAAAGACCGACGGCAAGCGUAAUCCCCUGGCAAGUGCCAAGUUUCUUUCAAGGGUCUUUUUGUGCUGGUUAACCCCGUUGCUGCACCACGGCAAAAAACGGAAGCUCGAGGAAAGUGACAUGUACAGCAUUCUUCCAGAGGAUCGGUCUGAAAUACUUGGAGAAGAGCUACAAAGAUUUUGGGACCAUGAAGUUAAAAAGGCCACAAAGGAGCUUCGCAAGCCGAAACUCACCAGAGUUCUUAUUAGGUGCUAUGGGAAGUCCUAUGCAGCGGCUGGGUUGUUUGUAUUUUCACUGGAGGCCAUUAAAGUGUUUCAGCCACUUCUUCUGGGGAAAAUAAUCAUCUACUUCGAGAAUUCUGACCAAGACGACCAGGGAAGUAUCUGCAUGGCCUAUGGUUAUGCUGCUGCAAUAUCCCUCUCCACCUUCGGACUGACUAUCCUCCAACAUCUCUACUACUACCAUGUCGUGAGAAUAGGCAUGAAGAUGCGAGUGGCUAUGUGUCACAUGAUCUACAGGAAGGCUCUUGGUCUCAGCAGUGAAUCCAUGGGGCAAACCACCACUGGACAGAUUGUGAACCUCCUUUCAAAUGAUGUCAACCGCUUUGAUGAGAUUACCCUCAAUCUGCAUUACCUGUGGGUGGGACCUCUACAAGCGAUGGUGAUCAUCGUUUUCCUCUGGUAUGAGAUUGGCCCUUCAUGUCUGGCAGGGGUGGCAGUUGUUGUCCUCAUGCUGCCUUUACAGACCUGGUUUGGAAAGCUCUUUGGCAUCUUCAGGAGCAAAACAGCAGUCCUCACUGACAAUAGAAUUCGAAUCAUGAAUGAAGUGGUAUCUGGCAUCAAGAUCAUCAAGAUGUAUGCCUGGGAGAAACCAUUUUCAGCUCUGGUUACUGAAGUCAGAAGGAAAGAAAUCAGCCAGGUAUUGAACAGUUCCUAUCUACGAGGACUCAACAUGGCCUCCUUCUUUGCCAGCAGCAAGAUCAUCGUCUUCAUUACCUUCACCGUCUACGCUCUCCUGGGUAACACCAUCACAGCCAGCAGUGUGUUUGUCACUGUGUCUCUCUAUGGUACAAUCAAGCUCACGGUCACACUGUUCUUCCCACUGGCUGUGGAGAAAUUGUCAGAGACUGUAGUCAGCAUUCAGAGGAUUAAGGAUUUCCUCCUGCUGGAAGAAGUUGAGAGGAAAAACUCUGUGCUACCACUGGAGGAAAGGAACCACAACUCCAUCAUCAUCCAGGACUUGACCUGCUACUGGGAUAAGAGUUUGGAUGCUCCAUCUCUGGAGAAAGUCUCUGUCACUGUGAAAUCACAGCAACUUUUGACUGUCAUUGGACCAGUGGGGGCUGGAAAGUCAUCCCUGCUGAGCGCGAUCCUGGGAGAGCUGCCUUGUGACACAGGAACAAUGAAGGUCAAAGGUCAGCUGACCUAUGCAUCCCAGCAGCCCUGGGUGUUCCCUGGAACCAUCCGCAGCAACAUCUUGUUUGGGAGAGAGCUGAACCUUCAGAGGUAUGAGAGGGUCAUCAGAGCCUGCGCUCUAAAGAAGGAUCUGGAGCUGCUUCCAUAUGGAGACCUGACACUGAUUGGAGACAGAGGAGCCACACUCAGUGGGGGACAGAAGGCUCGGCUCAACCUGGCGAGAGCAGUGUAUCAGGAGGCAGAUAUCUACCUCCUGGAUGAUCCUUUAAGUGCUGUGGAUGCAGAGGUUGGGAAACAUCUGUUUGAGCAGUGUAUCUGUGGCCUGCUGAGGAACAAGUGUCGAAUCCUGGUCACCCACCAGCUGCAGCAUCUCAAAGCAGCAGACCAGAUUGUGGUCCUUAAGGAGGGUCAUAUCAUGGUUCAGGGUACCUACAGUCAGCUGUGCUCCUCUGGUCUGGACGUGGUGUCCCUGCUGAGCAGCAGUGAGGAGCAGGAGCGAUUGUCUCAGUCAGCUGACCCAGACAAACUGUCGUUAGUCAGCCAGAGGACAAAGCGCUCGCACAGUUCACACUGUUCGCAAAGCAGCCUCCUGCCACCAGAGAGCAACUUGACAGACCAGCUUCCUGCUGAAACAGUUUGUACCAUGGCAGAGGAGACUCGGGUGGAAGGAGACAUCAGUGGCCAUGUUUAUCUCAAGUACUUCACUGCAGGCUGUAACCCUGUGGUCUUAGUGGUUAUAGUCCUGCUGAGUGUCAUAGCUGAGGUUGCAUAUAUUCUGCAGGACUGGUGGCUGGUAUACUGGUCAAGAGAGGAGUGUUCGAACAGUACAGCCCCUGCUGUUAGCAUUAAAAAUGGAAUCAAUGCUACUUACUCAGAUCAGGAGUUCAAUCUGACAUUUUACAUCAGCGUUUACUCCGGUCUGACAGCAGUUGCUGUGGUCUUUGGCUAUGCCAGGAGUUUAGUGAUCUUUCAUGGGCUGGUGCGAUCAGCUCAGACACUGCACAACAGCAUGUUCAGCGCUGUCCUCCGUGCACCUGUGCACUUCUUUGACGUCAACCCCAUAGGAAGAAUUCUCAACAGGUUUUCCAAAGACAUCAGCCAGAUAGACUCCAUGUUACCCAUCACCUUUGUGGACUUCUAUCAAUUAUUUUUACAGAAUGUUGGCGUGGUCGCGGUGGCAGCCUCCGUCAUCCCUCUCAUCCUGAUUCCUGUCAUUCCUCUGCUUUUCAUCUUCUUGUACUUGAGGCGUUUCUACCUCUGCACAUCACGAGAUGUCAAACGUCUCGAGUCUACAACUCGGAGUCCAGUCUUCUCCCACCUGUCUUCGUCUCUUCAGGGUCUGUGGACGAUCCGAGCCUUCAGAGCUGAGGAGAGGUUAAAAGAAGCCUUUGACGCUCAUCAGGACCUGCACUCAGGGGCGUGGUUUCUGUUCCUGAUGACCUCCCGCUGGUUUGCACUGCGCCUUGACAGCAUUUGUUCCAUAUUUAUCACCCUCACAACGUUUGGCUGCGUCUUACUCAGAGAUGGGCUUGAGGCUGGAGAGGUGGGCCUGGUGCUCACUUACGCUGUGACACUGGUAGGAAACUUCCAGUGGACUGUGAGGCAGAGUGCUGAGGUGGAGAACAUGAUGACAUCAGUGGAGAGGGUGGUGGAGUAUACAGAGCUCAAGAGUGAAGCACCCUGGGAAACCCAGAAGCGUCCUCCCUCUGAUUGGCCGAGCCGUGGAAUGGUGACCUUCAACGGUGUAAACUUCUCCUACAGCAGAGAUGCACCACUGGUCCUCAGAGACAUCAACGCCACCUUCCAACCCAAUGAGAAGGUUGGUAUUGUGGGGAGAACAGGUGCUGGGAAAAGCUCCCUGGUCUCAGCUCUGUUCCGCCUGGCAGAGCCUCAGGGAAAGAUCUACAUCGAUGGUGUUCUGACCUCAGAGAUCGGCCUCCAUGACCUGCGCCAGAAGAUGUCCAUCAUCCCUCAGGACCCUGUUCUGUUCACUGAUACUGUGAGGAAAAACCUGGACCCUUUCAACCAGCACACUGAUGACAACUUGUGGAAGGCUCUGGAGGAGGUGCAGCUGAAGUCUGUGGUGGAGGAGCUGCCUGGUAAGUUGGAGACAGUUCUGGCUGAGUCAGGCUCUAACUUCAGCGUGGGUCAGAGACAGUUGGUGUGUCUGGCCAGAGCCAUCCUGAGGAAGAACCGCAUCCUCAUCAUCGACGAGGCCACGGCCAACGUGGACCCCAGGACAGAUGAGCUGAUCCAGAAAACCAUACGAGACAAGUUCAGAGAAUGUACCGUCCUCACCAUCGCUCAUCGUCUCAACACCAUCAUAGACAGUGACCGCAUACUGGUUCUGGACAGUGGUGCCAUCCAGGAGUUAGACCGCCCCAUCACCCUGCUGCAAAACAAAGAGGGGGCUUUCUACAACAUGGUGCAACAAAUGGGCCCGGCCGAGGCAGCGGCCCUGCUGGAGUCAGCCACACAUGUUCACAGUCCUGACAAAAAAGCACAUUUUUGAACAACUUGUCUGCUGUGUAACACACUCCAGGUCCAGAUGUGAGUAGUAUCUGAGAACAGCUGAGCGACCUGAACUUUUGUCUUAAAACUUGCUUCAUGUGCUUCACAUAGCGCAGUGCUGUUUCAUUCAAAGUUUAUUCAAGGGAGCAUCGUUGAUACACAUCAUGCUACAGCAGCAAUGUUUAUGGGGGAGUAUUUGGGGGAGUAUUUUACACUUAGUGGAGCAUUUUUGCCUGUGACAGUGUUUUCUCCAUGGAAUUGUGUUAUUGGCCAUGUAUCCAACCCCCAACCUGGAGAAGUGGACUGCAGCUCGGGUGUCCCACUUGAAGACUGAGCUUCUGCUGGAAUACUGAUGCAUGAGGCUAAUUAUUCUAUGCUGUAUUACGCUGUAUGAUGUGUCAAAUUAAAGAUAAAACCCAAUAAAUCACUCAAAGCCCAGCCUUCAUUUCACACAGUA